AUGACAGAUAGUGUUGUGAGUUUCCUGUUGGAGAAUCUGACUCAAUUGCUUAUCCGAGAAUCAAAAUUGCUACGUGGAGUUAAGGAUCAAGUCAGGUCAGUUGAGAAGGAGCUAGCUGUGAUCAAAAUCUUCCCCCGAAAUACUGAAGGCAAACGACACGAUGAAUUGGUGAAGGAGGUAGUCAGCCAAAUUAGGGACGUAGCCUAUGAGGCUGAGGAUGUUAUUGAUACAUACAUCAUUACUGUGGCAGAGAACAGGAGAAGAAGCAAGCUGGGGAAGUUAAUCCAUUCAUGUGACCAAGCAAUUACGUUUCACGAGGUUGCAAGCAAGAUAGAGAGCAUCAAGAACAUCUACAAGGAAAUUAACGACAAUAGGAGCAAGUACGGCAUAGAAAUUGCUGAAUCAUCUGGAGGAAAUGCAGAAGCAGGGGAGAUACUGCACAAGCGCAGGAAACAUGUUGAGGAAGAUCAAGUAGUAGGCUUCGCUCAUGACGCUGAGGUAUUGAUGAAGGAGCUUAUGGAAGGGAGUUUGCAACGGAAUGUUGUUUCAAUCAUUGGCAUGGGUGGCUUAGGCAAAACCACUCUUGCUAGGAAGAUCUACAACAACAAUGAUGUCAAGAAUUACUUUAAUUUCCGUGGGUGGGUUUAUGUUUCUCAAGAAUAUAGAAUCAGAGGGCUGUUGCUUGAAAUUUUGAAGGGACUGUCACCACUACCAAGAGUGAUGUUGAGAGCUGAAUUGAAAGAGAAAUUACUCCACGGUUUGUAUGCUACGUAUAGUUCGAAUAAUGAUAAAUUGAAAGGGAGACUAACUGAAGACUUUAAAGACUUUAAAUGUUUCAAAGAAAGGCAUGAACGUUCCAAAGAAAUGAAUGAUGAAAAAUUCAGAAAGGCAUGGUCUAAGUUCUUGGAAGGCAUACAUGACCAUAAUGAUUUGAAAAAUUCGUUGUCAAAUUUCGUGCAAGAUUUUUACAACGAGAAUCGAGUAGAAGUGACAGUUGAAUUGAAAAAGGAAUUACUCCGCAAGUUGUAUGCUACGUAUAGCUCGAAUAUUAAUAAAUUGGAAGGGACACUAACAGAACACUUGAAAUGUUUCAAAGAAAUGAAUGAACGUUUCAAAGAAAUGAAUGAUGAAGAAUUCAGAAAGGCAUGGACUGAGUACUUGGAAGGCGUACAAGACCGUAAUGAUUUGAAAAAUUCGUUGUCAAAAUUCGUGCAAGAUUUUUACAGCGAGUAUAGAGUAAAAUUGGAAGAUAUGACUGAGGAUGAAUUGAAAAGUGUGCUGCUUGAAAGCUUGAAAGACAAGAGAUACUUACUUGUUAUGGAUGACAUCUAG